AUCUCCUAAAAUCUUUCAAGCAAUAUCCCAUUACAAAACAUUCUUCCUGGUCCAAGGCUCACUUUUUCCUCUUUAAGCAUACUUGGUACCUCAAAAACUUGCCUCUCAACUCUCUAACUUUAUCAACAGUACCAUGACUCCAGCUAUAUCUGAAACAACCACCAAUUCCUCACCGGAAAACAACGUAACGAUCACUGAGAAGAUAUACACUAGAGUCCGUCUCGCUGAGAAAGCUGACCUAUACCAUAUAUACCAACUGUUUUAUCAAAUCCAUGCAUACCAUAACUACACUCAUUUGUACAAAGCAACCGAGUCCUCCUUAGCCAACUUGCUCUUUAAAGAAAACCCUCUUCCACUUUUCUACGGGCCAUCCGUACUUUUACUCGAAGUUUCGCCAACCCCUUUUGCCGAACCCAAGAAUACCACGGACGAAGGGUUCAAACCCGUCCUUACAACAUUCGACCUUAAAUUCCCCGUUGUGGAAGGACAAGCUGAGGAAUUCAGGUCCAAAUAUGAUGACGGGAACGAUAAGAGUGAUGCUUUUAUUGCAGGAUAUGCGUUCUUUUACGCGAAUUAUUCGUGCUUCUAUGACAAACCGGGGUUCUAUUUUGAGAGCCUUUACUUUAGGGAGAGUUACAGAAAGUUAGGAAUGGGGAGAUUGUUGUUUGGAACUGUUGCGUCCAUUGCGGCGAACAACGGAUUUGUUUCGGUGGAGGGAAUAGUUGCAGUUUGGAAUAAGAAGUCUUAUGAUUUUUACAUAGAUAUGGGAGUUGAAAUAUUUGAUGAGUUUAGGUAUGGGAAGUUGCACGGUGAAGCUCUUCAAAAGUAUGCUGAUAAGGAGAAAAGUGCUGAAGGAAACUGUUAAUUUAUUUAUUUAUUUUAACUACCUUAAAUUCCUAUCAAUUUAUUCUUAUUUACUUUUGAAAAAGCAGACUGUUCAGUGUGUGUUGUAUUAUUUUUGUAUUUAAGAAAUUUAAUUGAUUAUCAUAUA